UCGAGCAGCGGGGCGGCCUCAGCCCGGAAAUGACGUCGCUGCCCCCGGCCCGUUGCCCCGCAGGCUGCCAGGUCGAGCAGCGGGGCGGCCUCAGCCCGGAAAUGACGUCACGGCCAAAGAUGGAGCCGACCCGCACUGGACGGGUUUAGGAGCAGUUGCUGUGGAAGGAGAGACAGGGAUGUGAGCGGCUAUUGAGGGCGGCCAGGGUGCCGGUGAGCCCCCCCCUGCUCGGUGUGCGGGCUGAGCUUCGAGGGGCUGAUCUUCGAUGGAGGACCACAUGACGGGGCACCACAAGGAGAAGCGUUAUGAGUGCGACGUGUGUGGCAAGGUCUGGCAGAGACCGAGCCAGUUGGAGGUCCACCGGCGGGUGCACACAGGAGAACGCCCCUUCAACUGCUCAGAGUGUGACAAGACUUUCAAGACGACGAGUGACCUGAAUGUCCAUCGGCAAGUGCACACGGGCGAGGAGCCCCAUGGCUGCUCCACAUGCGGCAAGAGCUUUACCCAGUUGUCGGGGCUGCGCGACCACCUGCGGGUGCACAGCAGUGAGCGGCCCUUCACCUGCUCCGACUGCGGCAAAGGCUUCAAGUCGUCCAAGGACCUGAAGAUGCACUGGCGGGUGCAUACUGGGGAGCGGCCCUUCACCUGCAGCGACUGUGGCAAGAGCUUCACCCAAUCCAGCAACCUGCUGGUGCACCAGCGCACCCACACCGGCGAGCGCCCCUACACCUGCGCCCAGUGCGGCAAGGGUUUCACCCACUCCGGCAACCUGCUGCAGCACCAGCACACGCACACCGGCGAGCGCCCCUACACCUGCACCCAGUGCGGCAAGGGUUUCACCGACUCCAGCAACCUGCUGAAGCACCAGCGCAUCCACACCGGCGAGCGCCCCUACACCUGUGCCCAGUGCGGCAAGGGUUUCACCCACUCCAGCAACCUGCUGAAGCACCAGCGCAUCCACACCGGCGAGCGCCCCUACACCUGUGCCCAGUGCGGCAAGGGUUUCACCCAGUCCAGCAGCCUGCUGAUGCACCAGCGGGUGCACGCCGGCAACCGUCCCGUCCCCAGCCCGGUGGUGGAGAAAGCUUUGCCAUGGCCUCCCACGCCCUGUCUCACCAGCACGUGCACACCAGUGGCCAGCCCUACGACUGCCCGUACUGUGGUGAGUCGUUUGACAGCUCGCGGGGGUUGCGGCAGCACCGGCGGGCCCACGCCGGCGAGCAGCUGCUCCCACUGUGACAAGAGAGCAUGGGGGCUGCGGGAGCACCAGCGGAUACACACCGGAGAGAGACCCUUUGUGUGCGCUGAGUGUGGCAAGGGUUUCACCCGCAUGUCCAGCCUGUGGCAGCACCGGCGUACCCACAGCGGUGAGCGUCCCUUCCCCUGCCCGUCCUGUGGUAAGGGCUUCACCCGCCUUGACCACCUGCUGGAGCACCGGCGAGUCCACACCGGCCAGCGCCCCUUCACCUGCCCGCUCUGUGGCAAGGCCUUUGCCCGCUCCUCCAGCCUGCUGGCACACCGCCACGUGGAUAGAUAGGCGCUGUUUAGGUAAACACAAAAUGCUGGAAGGAAUGGGUAACGUUUCUGGUCGAGACCCUCCUCAGUCUCAGCCCGAAAUGUCACACAGUCCUUCUCUCCAGAGAUGCUGCCUGUCCCGCUGAGUUACUCCAGCUUUUUGUGUCCUUUUUUGUAAACCAGCAUCUGCAGUUCCUUGUUUUUAAACCAUUCUGGUUAACAAUCUCUGCACCUUCCCCAAAGCCUCCACAUCAGUCCUGUAAUGGAGUGACCAGUACUGUAUGCAAUACUCCAAAUGCUACCUGACCAAUGUCCCUUAAAGCUGCACAUAUACAUUCCUCUCUCCUUAUCUCACAUCCUUUUAUCUCCUUAUUUUCCCUCGCCUCUGCACUUACUUCACUCAUCUGCCGAUCACCCCCUCAUCUCUUAACAUAGUGUCAGUCUGAAGAAGGGUCCUGACCCGAAAUGUCGCCUAUCCAUGUUCUCCACAGAUGCUGCCUGACCCGCUGAGUUACUCCAGCACAGUGUGAAAUGUCACCUAUUCAUGUUCUCCAGAGAUGCUGCCUGACCUGCUGAGUUACUGCAGCACUUCAUGUUAGAGUCAUAGAGUGAUCCACUGUGGAAACAAGACCUUCGGCUCAACUGCCCACACCGACCAACAUGUCCCAGCUACACUAGUCCCACCUGCCUGCAUUUGGUCCAUAUCCCUCCAAACUUGUUCUAUCUAUGUACCUGUCUAUAACAGUUUCUUAAAUGUUGGGAUAGUCCCAGCGUCAACUACCUCCACCGGCAGCUUGUUCCAUACACACACCACCCUCUGUUGAACGAUUACCCCUCAGAUUCCUGUUAAAUCUUUUCCCCAUCACCUUGAACCCAUGUCCUAUGGUCCUCGAUUCCCCCACUCUGGGCAAGAGAUUCUGUGCAUCUAAAUAAAUUGUGUUCUAUGC